GCAAGUUCGAUUCUAACCACCGAAUUACCCAAAAAAGAAAAAAUUAUCUUUUUGUCGUCCCACUUGCAUCUGAAUCUGAAUAGAAGUUUUACUCUCGAAUCUCGACUUGCAUAGCAGUUUUACUCUCGAAAUCUGGACGAUUCAUAAUUUUGUAUUCAAAUUCAAAUUCUCUCUCUAAGGUCUAAAUUCUAAACGAUGAGAGAGAAACAGACGCUGAUGAUUAUGGGUUGGAGGCCCACCUGGCCUGAGAUAUGAACAGGAAAUCUUGGGCCUUCUAUUUCAACAAUUUGCUAUCAUUUUCCAAUGCAAAUGUGCCUCUCCUUCCUUUCAAUGCCACAAUGAACAAUUCACUCCGCUAUUCCACCACUCUCUUGGAGCCCCUGAAAAUUCCACCCCUCCAUGUCUCUUCUCUCUCACCUGAAACACUUAAAACCAACAACUCUCUCCAAUUAAAACUACCCAUUAAUGAAUUAAGGUUAAGAGAGAGCAUUCAGCCAUUCCACCAAGGUCUCAUCCCCUUAACCUCUGAUUCAUAUUCAACCAUUAUUGAGUUUUGUGCUGAUGCCAAGUCCAUAACCUUGGGCAAACAGAUUCAUGCGCGUUUAAUCUCUUCUCAUGGCUUGUCUCAUGCUCAUGACCCCUUUUUGUGCACGAAAAUUCUAUUUAUGUAUGCGAAAUGUGGGUGCAUCGUAGAAGCUCGCAAGCUAUUUGAUUUAAUGCCUGAGAAAACCACUUUCAUAUGGAAUGCAUUGAUUGGGGGUUAUGCCUCUUUAGGGCAGGGUCACGAAGCUGUCGAAUUGUUCCUUGAUGCAUGGGUUAUGGGGGGAUCAAUUGACUCAUUUACAUUUCCUUGUGUUCUUAAGGCCUGUGGUUACUUAAAGGCUUUAGACAUGGGAGAGGAGAUCCAUGGUUUGCUAAUUAAGAGUGGAUACCUUUCAUUCACCUCUAUUCUCAAUGCUCUUAUGGCCAUGUAUGCAAAAUGUGGAGAGUUGUGCAGUGCAGACAAGGUUUUUAGAGAGAUGUAUGAAUGCAAAGAUGUUGUCUCAUGGAACACUAUUAUUUCAUCAUAUUCCCGAAAGGGGUACUCUUAUGAAGCACUUGAGAUUUUUAGAGAGAUGAAUAGAGAAGGUGUCGGAAUAAACUCAUUUACAGUAGUGAGCAUUCUUCAGGCUUGUUCAACUGAGUCAUUUUUGAAGUUGGGCAUGGAAAUCCAUGCUGCGAUGCUGAAGAAAUGGGGGGAGGAGCUCGGUUUUCAUGAAGCCAAUUCACUCCUGGUUAUGUACGCUAGAUCAAAUCUCAUUAAAAUUGCAGCCAAGGUUUUUUACAGGAUGAAGAAUAGAGAUAAAGUAUCAUGGAAUUCUAUGCUUUGUGCUUAUGUUCAGAGUGGGGGUUACAGUGAAGCUCUCAGAUUCUUUCAAGAAUUGCAGCAUGCCAGUCAAAAACCAGACUUGGUCUCCAUUAUAACGAUUGGUUCUGCUGCUUCUCGGUUGGGAAACCUAAGGCAAGUAAAAGAGAUCCAUUGUUAUGCUUUGAAAAAUGGCUUCAAUGGGGAUUUGGAGGCUGGAAACAGCCUCUUAGACAUGUACUCAAAGUGUGGUAAAAUGGACAACGCCAACCGUGUCUUCGAGAAAAUGCCCACCAAAGAUGUAAUAUCUUGGACAGCCAUGAUUUCAGGAUAUGCUCAGAAUUCUAUGCAUCUAAAAGCCUUGGAAUUCUUCGAAGAAGCUCAAUCGGAGGGGAUACCCAUUGAUUCUAUGAUAAUUGGGAGCCUUCUCCUAUCCUGUGGAGGCUUGGAGUCCAUUUCCUACACCAAACAGGUCCACAGUUACGUAAUUCGGCAUUUUUUGCUUGACCGUGUUUUGGAGAACUCGAUCGUGGAUGCAUAUGGUGAAUGCGGGUGCAUGGAUUAUGCAAUUUGUGUGUUUAAAAUGUUUGUUAGAAAGGAUUUGGUGACGUGGACAAGUGCUAUCUCUGGUUACGUUAAGAACCACCUUCCAAACAAGGGCCUCGAGCUCUUUCGAGCUAUGGUAUUGGCUGGUCUUGAACCAGACUCAGUGGCCCUGGUGAGUAUACUCUCGGCAAGUGCGGAUCUCUCUGUGCUCAGGCAUGGAAAAGAGGCACAUGGCUACUUGAUCAGAAAAUGGUUUAUACUAGAUGGGUCAUUGAGUAGCUCUUUAAUUGAUAUGUAUUCAAGGUGUGGUUCAGUGGGUUGCUCAUACAAGGUCUUUGAGGCUAUCCAAGAGAAGGACUUGGUCUCAUGGACCAGCAUGAUCACUGCUAAUGGAAUGCAUGGGAGGGGCAAAGAAGCCCUGGAAUUGUUUGAGAGGAUGCGGAAAAUGGGUCCUAGGCCUGACCAUAUCGCAUUUCUCUCUCUUCUCUAUGCAUGUAGCCACUCAGGCCUGGUGAAAGAAGGAAAAACAUACUUAAAAAUGAUGAAAGAUGACUAUGGGCUAGACCCAUGGCCCGACCAUCAUGCCUGUAUAGUCGAUUUACUAGGACGUUCAGAUUGCCUAAAUGAAGCAUAUGAAUUUGUAAUGAACAUGCCUAUCGAGCCGAAUAGCAUAGUUUGGUGUUCUCUGCUUGGGGCUUGUCGGGUCCAUUCUGAUACCAAACUUGGAGAACACAUAGCGCAAAACCUUCUAAAGAGUGAACCAGAAAACCCUGGAAACUAUGUACUUGUUUCUAAUAUUUUUGCUUCCUCUGGGAAAUGGAGUGAUGUUAAAGACGUUAGGGAAAUGAUGAAAAAGAGGGGAUUAAAGAAAAAUCCAGGGUGUAGUUGGAUUGAGGUGGGGAACAUGGUGCACUCUUUCAUGUCAGGGGAUAAACAUCAUCCAAAGACAGAGCAGAUCUAUGAGAUGCUUAGAGAAGUUAGAGAGAGCUUGGAAGGAGCUGGAUAUGUAGCUCAGACCAAAUUUGUGCUGCAUGAUGUAGGAGAAAGAGAGAAGGUGGAGAUGUUGCAUGGUCAUAGUGAGAGAAUUGCCAUAGCUUUUGGCCUCUUGAGUACUCCAAAGGGGACCACCAUUCGUGUAACGAAGAACCUGAGAGUGUGUGGAGAUUGUCAUAAUGCCAUCAAACUCGCAGCCAAGAUCUUCGGCCGGGAGAUUGUUGUCAGAGAUUCGAAUAGGUUCCAUCAUUUCAAGGGUGGAGUAUGCUCUUGUGGUGACUUUUGGUGAAUUUUUGUAGUUUUGGCUUGAUAUGGUGAAUUGUAAAUUGUGACUAUAUCUAGGUUAUAGUUCAGCUGUAUAAAAUUUGUAAAUUAGGAUGAUUUAA